CCGGGCGUUGCCGCGGCAGCGUUCGUAUCAUCGCGGCGCCGCGGGAUUCCAGGCAGUUGCCGGCGGAGGCUGGAGCGGUGCUGCCGGGCGCCCGGGGUCUGCACAGACGGGUAAGUCGGCUGCGGAGAGCGCUGCCCCUCUUGUGCCCCCGCCUGAGGCAACGCGGGUGUCGAGAGGAGGCCUCUUGCCCCAGGGGUUGUCAGAGUCAGACAUGAAAGAGCCGCGGGGCCGGCGCCCUCCUGCUCCUGGACGAGGUGUCCCAGGGGGACGCGGCCCGACGGGGUGGGAUUUGCACCAGCCCCACCAGCGAUGGGACCGGGAAGGGCAGUGGGACCCGAUCCUGCAGGUUGUGUUCAGCCAAGAGCGGGCACCAGGUCUGCGCCUUUCCCUCGGGGGUGGUUUGUGCCUGUGUAAAGCCCGGAGGGAGGAAACGGAGCCGAGCCCGGCCGAGCUGCCCCAGCCCAGACACCUGGAGAUGGGGUUUCUCCUCCUUUUUAAUGAAGGGGAGAAUUGAAAAACAAACCCAUAUCAAUUAAUUUAUUCCUUGAAAUCACAGUCCAGGGGGAAGAGUAAGUAUUUCCUCCAUGUUCAUGUGAUUUUAAUGUCCCGUCUUGUUUCUGUUAGUAAUCAUCAGGCGCCGUUUGGAGAGCGACAGCAGAACCGGUUUCGUGGAGGAUUUCGCUCUGCGAUCUCUCAGCCCGGAGUGAGCAGGUCAGGAUCGGUCCUUGGGCAACGCUGCCGGAGGCGCCGGCAGGGGUCGAGCUGGGAGGGGAGCGAGGGGCUCUUGUGCUUUCAGGCCUGUGGCCCGCGUCCAGAGAAAGUGUGAAGCAUCAAGACGGAGCCGACAGGACCCUGCCCUUGGCGUGAGGGGCUGAGUAACGCUCCCUGCAGUCAUGUGUGUAGGGUGCAGGAGCUGGGCAUGCUCUGGAUGCCACCCCCUGCUGAGGCCAUGAUGAGAAAUGUUUCUCCUUGAACUCUGCAUGUUUUAUCUCCAAUCCAGAACAUCAUUUCUCACACGGGUGUCGUACCUCUUCCCAAAGCUACCUGGGACAGGGCUCCCCUCCCCGCCAGGAUGGCUGGAGCGCGGUGCACAGCCAGUGUGGACUGGACCCCGGUUACAAUCCACUUAGAGCCACUAGUCUUGAUGGCACAGAGCAGGACACUUGGUCUUUCCUGGGCACCAACACGCAUGGAGUAAAGCUGCAGGCACAAGCCAGUAGCGCCUGUGAUGUGGAACAAGGCCAGCGCAGGGUGGCAGGACUUUCUGUUGGGUGGCAGGAAAGGGCCAGGAAGAGAAGAUCAGGGAAGAAGAGGGGUCCUGGCAUGGGCAAACAGAGAGGGGACUAGGCGGGGGGGAGGAGAGGUGUAGUUUUGUUUUGGGGGAAGAGGCUGUGCACAAGGAUGGCUUCCAACAGGAUGACAUAGUCCCUUUCAGGGGUAGGCGUCCCCCCAUCGGCGGCAGCGACUGCAGCUUGAGGCAGCGAGGGACAUCCAUCGGAGGAAAGGCAGGAGACCUUAGUCCAGAGCCGGAGGGAGGAGUGCGGCGUCACCAGGGCCUGUGAGCACCCGCCCAGCAGCGCUCCAUCCCCCAGGGCAGGAUGGACAGGCUGCGGCAGGUGCUCAGGAGGAGGUCGGCCAAGGUGCUCUCCAUGGGAGAGGAGAGCAGCAGGGAGCCUGGGCAGGAGGAGCGGGGCCCCACCUGCCGUGAUGAGGAGGGGCCCAUCAGGGCAAGGAGGUGGCUGUGCCCCAUCUGCUGCCGAAGUAAACUGGCAGCUCCCAGCGGCAGGGGAAAGGAGGGAAAGAAAUCAGCCACCUCCAAGUCCAGAUGGAGGUGGCCAUGGGUGCGCCUGGGCAGGCGGGAGCCAGCGCCAUCACAGCUCCCGGCACCCGAAGAGCCGUGCAGCUCCCCUCCUGGGUCAUGGGGCAGCCUGGAGCCCGGCCCUGCAGCCCCGCAGCAGGAGGCAGCCCCGUGCCGAGCCAGGGACGAGGGCCCAGCUGCCCUGGGGCAGGAGCUGAGCCAGGCCCACAGCAGCCCCUGCCUGAGCCGCAGCUCCUCCUGGGAUGACUGGCACACGUCCCAGGAGUCCGGGAGCACCAGCCCCAGCACCAGCUCCUCCUCCUCCUCCUCCUCCUCGGACUCUGAAAAGUCCCAAGAGGCCCAAAGCACCAGCACCAGCACGAGCAGCAGCUCCUCCUCCUCCUCCUCGGACUCUGAAAAGUCCCAAGAGGCCCAAAGCACCAGCACGAGCACGAGCAGCAGCUCCUCCUCGGAGGACAGCGAUAGCUCGGAGGAGUCCAACACCACCAGUUCGACCAGCAGCUCCUCCUCGGAGGACUCCAGUAGCUCCCUGGAGUCUGGGACCAGCCCGGCCCCCGGUGCCACCUGCACAGUGAUUCCCAGCCCAGCCGGCGAGGAGCUGGAGGAAGAGGAGGAGGAAGAGGAGGAGGAGGAGGAAGAUGGAAGGUCCCCGGAAGAAGCUGCCCUCCUCCUUGUGAAGAAACACCUGCAGGACCCCGGGGAGAUGCUGGACGGGAAGGACAGGCAGCGCUUCCUGCUGGCCAUCAUCAGCCUGACCAUCGCCGCGGACCAGAGCAGAGAGGUGGCUGUGGAGCUGGAGGACCUGAAAGCGGCCGUGCUGGAGAGGAUCGUGGACCUGAUGGAGACCAUCUCAGUGGAGGGCGACCGAAAACACAUCCUGGCGUACAGCAUAGACGCCAUCCGCUGCCUCAGCGACCCGAAGCUCAGCCUGGAGCCAGCGCUGGAGUCGUGCCUCCUGCGGGCCGCCGUGGAGAAAACCUGCCCUCUGCCCCGGGUGGCAUGCGUGGGCCUGCAGGGUGUUGCCAUCUUUCAUGAAGGAGCCCCGGGACCUCUCCCAAGUGGCUGA